ACAAGUCUGACACUUAGAGAAAGGACCAGGAACCGCUGCGAAUUCAAACCCUGAAGAAGAGACCAGAGGAGCUGACAAGGUGUUACAAAGAAAGGGAUUCUGACAUGCACUGGCAGAAAUCACCGAAGGAGAAGCCGUGUUACACUCUUCCCACAGUGAAGAAACUCCUGGAGCAGAAGAGGAAGAGAGAGACCUCCUCGACGGCAACAGCCAGUACCGGUGUCCCCACUGCCACUGUCCUCUCCCAACAGGUGUCAACACCAGAGAAGUCUACCUCAACAGGUGUAGCCAGCAGCUACUCAGACAUGGCAGUGGGGUAUGAGAGAUGGGGUCCUAUGGAUGAGCACCAAGCCCUCUCGGCCAUACAUGAAGGUCCAUUCUCCCCUAUGGGGAACAAUUACUUCUCCAGCCCAUCCUCCUCAAUGGACUACAGCCAAACUCCGGCCUACAGCACUCAGAUGGCCUCCAGCUACAACACACAGCAGAUUCAGGACUACCCAGACACCAGGAUGCCUCAGCAUUAUACGGAGUGUCCAGUGACCGAGGCUGUUUCUAGUUUGGUUCCUUCAGGGCCCCUGCAGACCGGUGUCUUCUCCUGGUCAUCGGGGGCCCUGGGCCCCACAGAGCCUGUCCAGCAGGUGUUUAGUGGCCAGAUGGAUGUCAUUAAGCUGGAGGAAGCCAGGAUGUUCCUCAGAGGGAUGGACUACAGCAGAACCACCUGGCAGGAUGACGACGGAGACACGAUUCUGCAUAUCUACACAGCCAAGGGCCUGAGGGAGUAUGCAUUUGCUGCAGCAGAGAGGCUUGCUGAGCUGGGAAGGCUAGACUCCAAGGAACACAAGGGGAAGACUUCUUUGCUGGUGGCGGUGACUGCUAACCAUCCGGAAAUCGUCCAGGAUCUGUUGUCUUUAGGAGCGGAUAUAAAUGCCUGUGAUGUCAAAGGUCAAACAGCACUUCAUCUUGCUGCCACCUAUGGCUUCCCCAGGGUUAUGCAGGUUAUUCUCUCCAUUGGGCCUGGAGUGAACCUGGAGGCUCGCAAUUUUGAAGGUCUGACUCCUCUGCACUGUGCAGCCAUCUCCCACAGUGGCACCAUGAAGACUCUCUCCUCCACCGGGCUGGGUGAUGCCAGCCUCCAUGCUCUAGCAGAGGAGAAGCUCUCCUGGCUGCAGAUGCUACUCAACACCGGAGCCUCCCUGACCAGCCAGGAAAUCAAAAGUAACAAGACUGUUCUUCACCUGGCUGUGAAGGAGGGGAACAUCCAGCUGGUUCGCCAUCUGCUGAAGACCCCCCUAGACAACAUGAGGGACUUUGUCAACAUGAAGGCCCAUGGUCAUACUGCGCUGCACAUGGCUGCUGGUCUCCAUGGCAGCCCACACCAAGAGGAGAUGCUGAGGCUGCUGCUGAGCAAAGGGGCCGACCCCAGCAUCCGCAACCUGGAGAACGACCAGCCUGCACACCUGCUGCAGAGUGGACCCCACGGGGAACAGCUCAAGCUCAUCCUGAAGAAGCGAAGUGCUUCCUCUCGUCGACGUGUAAUGUCCUUACAGGACCAAGAGUGACCCGGACUACUUUUUAUGUCCCUGUGUAUCCCUCCACCUCUUUUCAGAGGAAGUACUGAAGGUCUGUACUGUAGGUUGAAUCCAGACAUCUGUACUUCCAAGAGGGAGGGAUUCUAGCGUAUCUUCAUGUGAGGAUUUUCAAACACCGCAAAUCUCUAAUAUAUACUAGGGCAUUUACUUUGAAACUAUAUGUUUGAUUGACAUGAUUUUGGUCACUAUCUGAAUUCAGUUCUGAAUUUAAUGGCUAGCUAGUAAUGAGCAAUGGUAACAGGUGGUAUUCCAGUCCGCCCUGAUAUUACUGUCACUCAGUACAACCUUGAUUUCUAUGAAAUCGUUUACAUUAUAUUCAAAGCUGCACAGACUCAUCGUGUGAGUACCACCCAGCCGGGAAGCCCUCUUUAGAGGUAUAUCUGAGGAGGGUUUCUGGGCUACCACCCCCACUCAUUCUCUUGUCAAAACUUCCCACCAUGGUCAGAAAUCAUAUUGGUUUGUUGAAAGGUGGUUGUUGUUUCACUAAGCAUGUGACACAGUGUACCAUUGUGCUCAUGCUUUCAAUGUCUUUUAUAACUUAACUAGGUAUUUUCUUUUUAUAUUUGAUAUACUCACAGCGCUCAUUGAAUAGCUAAUAUUUUGUCAGUGGUGGAAAAAGUACUCAAAAGUCAUACUUGAAUAAAAGUAAAGAUACCUUAAUAGAAAAU